AUGGCACAUGCUCCUGUAUUGUUAUCUGAUGCAAAAGAGAAAAAAGCCGAUGAUGAUGAAUCUAUUCUUUAUAAACCUACGAUAUAUGCUCGCACUAAUCUCAGAAAGUCAUCACAAAUGAUUCCAGAAGUGACGGAAUGUUCAAUCGGAAAGGUAAUGCCUUCAAAUUUAGCACAAACCACUUCGCAAAUGGCAUUCCACAAAAGUUUGAGUUUUGCUGACAUGGAUGGCAUAUGUGCUGUAAUUGCACCCGUAAAAGAAACAUCUAGUAAAUUUACAACGCUGAACUCUUCUCUCGUUAGCCGAUCACAAGAACAAAAACAAUCGACAUUGGGCGAUUUUUCUCCUUUACCACAAGAGCAACAAAUACAAUAUGAUAUAAAUAUGGCCUCAAAUCAACAAGAACUUCUUGUUGAAUCAGAUAGAUCUGUUUCAAUAUCCCCACUUUGCAUGUUACAUAAUGUUUUGAACUCACCUGUAACUGAACAAAUGGGUCCCUUCAGCAUUACUUCUCCUAGAACAUCAGCAUUUUCGUCUCAAAACAUUUUUGAGUCUCUGAAUGACCCUUAUCAUUCUAUGUCCUCAGAACUUUAUCGUCCAACAGCACAUCACACUCUUGCUGCUCCUACGACCGGUACUGUUUUACCACCACCUCAUCCUGCAGGACCAUUUUCAUUUGGCUCAUUUACCAAUAACGUUAACAACAAUAGUAACGCCACUUUCGGGUUCACAGGAUAUGAUAGUUCAGCAAAGUUUUCUUUUGGUGCACCUCAACCACCAUUACUAUCACUUGCUCCGACAAUAUCUUCGUUUGGUUUAUUUGGAAGUAACGUUAGCAACAAUAAUAACGCUUCUUUCGGGUCCACAACAUUUGAUGGUUCAACAAUGUUUCCUGCUGUGUCUCAACCACCGCCUCCUCCUCCUCCUCCGGAUUCAGAUUUUUUUCAAAACAAUACCAUUAGCAACAAAAUUAAUGCUUUUCCUAUGCAACAACUGUCUAGCAUGCAAGAUGCAAGGAUGAUUAAUCCGAUUUUACCAACUCCUUCAGUACCAACAAUAAGAGCAACAACAGCUUUGCUUGCCAGUACAUCCUUACAACCACAGCCGCUGUUUUCAUUUAAUGCACCUUCUAGUAGUACUACUAUUAAUGCUGAGCCUCUAAUGGCUUUCAGUCAACCGAUGCUUGCAACUUCUCAGACUCUACCUGUUUCAUCAGGAUUCAUCUCGCCGAGUAGUUUUAGCCAAACAUUUGAAGAAUCUACACAUCUGUCAUCUAACACUCUAUUUAAGUCAGCAUCUUUAACUGGUGCUGUUCAACAAAGUUCGAUACAAACAUUACCAGAUGUUGAUAAAAUCCAAACUAAAUCAGAAGCAUUGCUCUCAUGUAUUGAUGAAAGUGCAUCUAGUGAUCAUGAAGAAGAUCAUGAACGAUCAGAAAACUUGAGCAGUAUAGCUAAUUUCUUCAGUUUAUCAAAGAAAAAAAUGGCAAAUCUCGUAACUAUUCCCCGACGUGGACGGUACACAGCAGCACCAGUUUCAACAUCUUUACAUAGCCAUUAUAAACCUGCAUUGCAAAAUAUGCGGCUUACUGAUACACGAUGCGAUGAACAAGAGAGGAUGCCAAAUUCUCCUAUUAAAGCAGAAUUCAGAAGACAAUAUGCUGAAAUACUGAAUGCAAAGACAUGCAACAAAACUGGUGUACAAGAUCUAUUAUUACUUGAUGUUACACCACUCAGUUUAGGCAUUGAAGAUAUUAAUGGUCAUAUGUGUAUAAUUAUCACUCGUAACCAAACAAUUCCACUUCGAACAAAAUUUUAUCCUGUAUUUACAAAUGCUUACGCCUAUCAAACAACAGCUACAAUUCGUGUUUUUCGUGGUGAACAUAAACUUACAAAAUAUAAUAUAUGUAUUGGUGAAUUUAGUCUUACGGGUUUAACGCCAAAUUUUGCUUCGCAGACAUUAGAAAUAUCAAUUUGUAUGGAUAUUGAUGCUAAUGGUUUGUUACAAACUGAAGCUGAAGAAUCACGAUCAGGAGCUAAAACGAAAUUAACAAUCGAUCCCAAAAAUUUAAAUCCACUUAAUAAAAAUGAUAUUUAUCAGCAUCUUGCAUAUGUCGAAAGUAAUCCAGAUUUUCGUGCUUUACGUGUUGAUGAUCGACGACCAAAUGAUUCAUUAUAUAUGCUUAAAGGUGAAACAACAAAUGCCAAAGUUAGUUUUACUGGUGAAUCAGGAAUUUUUAAUGGUUUUUCAACAUUUAAUAAAUUAAAACCAAUUGAUUUAACUUCAACAAAGAUUAAUGAAUUGAAAAGAAUUCAAUUAAUAAAUGGAGCAUUUGAUUUAAAUCAAGAUUUCGCUGAUUUAUUAUCAUUUAAUAUAAAAGAUUUUGAUGAACUUAAAAUAUAUUUAAAUAAACAAGGUUUUAAUUCUUUUGCAUUAAAUAUACAACAUGAUAUAAUUCAUUUGAUUUCAACGGGUAUUAUUCUUCUUGUAUUAUUAUUACAAGUACCCGUAUCCGACAGAAAUAUAUUCUUAGUUCCAUUUGAUAGUGAACAAAUUCGAUUAAUUCUUCAUCGUCAUUUACCAAAAAUUUUAUUAGAAAAUAUUGAUAAAGCCAUAAAUAUUUAUGAACAAAAACGUUUACAAUAUGGAAUUUAUUGUGAACAAUUAGAAUUGAAUUAUUCAACAUGGGAAAAAUUUAUACAACAUUCAAUUUUUCAAAUGAAUUAA